CUCAACAGAACAGGAAGAGAUGUUAACUGGCUAUCUGCCAGGUAAAUAUUAAACAAGAGGAUGCUAGCUGUGCCAAUGUCCGAGACGACAAAAGGGCCGCAACUCCCGAAUAACCGGAGCAAAGAUGAAACCACAUGCUUUAUUGAGGACGUUGAGUUGUAGUUUUAGACAUCUAUCUGAGAGCCUGUAGCCAUGGAUGGGCAUGUUGCCAAAAACAAUGAAAGCACCUUCCCCAGCUUCGUGGACCUGGAUGACUUUCUUAACAAGCACAACUCGAAUUUCAUCUGGCUCCUCGUUGCCACCAUUCUGUCCUGCGGAUGGAUCAUUUAUUUAACUUAUUACAACUCACGCAACAUUGGCCUCAUCCUCACCCUCAUCAUUAACAGACUCUACAAGGAUGGCUACAUUCACAUCGGCUCCUUCUCUUUCUCUGUGCUGUCGGGGAAAGUCAUGUUUAGAGAUGUCUACUACAUCAACCAAGACAUGUCUAUCAGGAUACAGGAUGGCUUCCUCAUAUUUCGCUGGUGGAAAAUGUAUAAUCCAAAACAGAAACAGCAUGAUCCCAAGGCAGAGACCAGGCUUUACGUGACAGUCAAUGGAUUUGAGUUUCAUGUCUACAACCGGACCGACCUCUACGCCCGGUUGCAGGAGACCUUCGGACUGGAACCAACGCUCCUAACACCCAAAAAAGAUGACGAGAAGGGAAGAGAGGACAGAAACGAGACCCUGGAAAGCGUGAACAUCAAAGCAGAAAGUCAAGACCCUGCAUCAUCUUGGCGCUCCCUCAUUCCUGUUAUCAAAGUUAACAUCAGCACUGGUCGUUUGGCAUUUGGGAACCACUACCUCCCCCAAACUCUGUGUCUGAACUUUGAAGAUGCCUUCCUGACAUAUGCCACCAAACCUCCAUCCAGCCACCUGGACCAAUACAUGCACAUCGUCAAAGGGUCACUGGAGAAUGUGCGCGUCAUGCUGGUUCCCAGUCCUCGCUACCUUGGCAUGCAAACUGACGAACCCCCCAGGCUGAUGGGUGAAGGCUUUGUGGUGAUGCAGUCCAAUGAUGUUGACAUCUAUUAUUAUCAGGAUGAGCCCGGUCUGGUCCCUGUGGAGCAGGAGAGUGGGCAGGAGUCAGAGACGUGCAGUGAGGGCGAAAAACUCCAGGACCUGCCUCCAUGUUGGGGUCUGGACAUUGUUUGUGGAAAAGGAACUGACUUUAACUAUGGACCCUGGGCAGAUCGCCAGAGGGACUGUCUGUGGAAGUUCUUUCUGCCUGCUGACUACCAGGCCAUGAAGGUGACCGAGGUUGCUCAGCCAGGAAAACCCAGGCAGAUCCAGGCCUUCGAGCUCCGCAUGAACAUUAUUGCUGACGCCACCAUUGAUCUGCUUUUCACCAAAAACAGGGAAACCAAUGCCAUCCAUGUGAAUGUAGGUGCAGGCUCUUACCUGGAAGUCAACAUCCCCAUGACUGUGGGAGAGAAUGGCUACUCUCCCACCAUCAAAGGUCAGCUGCUUCAUGUGGACACCACCAGCAGCAUGCAGUACAGGACACUUCUGGAGGCUGAGAUGUUAGCUUUCCAUGUGAUAGCCAGCUACCCCCGGAUAUGGAACAUGCCCCAAUCAUGGCAGUGUGAGAUUGAGGUCUACAAGGCCACCUACCACUUCAUCUAUGCCCAGAAAUCAUUCUUUCCAGAUUUGAUCCAGGACUGGGCAAGUGACAGUGCCCCUGAUAUCUACUCCUUUGUGCCCUAUUCCUGGAAAUUCAAGAUCCUUUUCCACCAGUUUGAGAUGAUCUGGGCAGCAAACCAACACAACUGGAUUGACUGUUCCACCAAGCAGCAGGAGAAUGUGUACCUGGCAGCCUGCGGCGAGACGCUCAAUAUAGACUUCACUUUGCCUUUCAAUGAGUUUGUUCCAACCACCUGCCAUACCCGCUUCAGCCUGAAGGCUGAAGAUACAGACAUGCGACUGUCCCUACCAGAGUGCCACCCGAGCCGCUACCCGCUGCUCACCCUGGCCAAAGAAUACCAGAAUAUCAAACUGCCCCCAGACAUGUUUAUGCCAGGAGAGAAUCAAGGAGCUCCCCCUCCUCCAAAACCCACCAAGUCCCGCUGGAGGAACAUCACCCACGCAGAAGCUGGCUGGGUGGAUUGCUGGAGUGUGCCUAACUUCUUGCUCAUCAUUGACUACACCUGGCACCCCAUUUAUCCCCAGAAGGCUGAUGAGCAACUGAAACAGUCAUUGUCUGAGAUGGAGGAAUCCAUGCUGUCAGCGUUGCGGCCCCCAGAACACACUUCAGUCGCACACAAUGCCCCACCGCGCUACACCUCCACGUCUGCUUCAGCUGCCCAUAGUCGGGCACCCACUGACCCCUCAGAGCUGCCCCCUGACAGACUUCGUGUGGAGAUGGAAAUGUCCCCAGACUCUCAAAUCAUCCUUUAUGGACCCUUGCUCCGAGCACUGAUAUCCAUCAAGGAAAACUAUUUUGGUGAGGAUGACAUGUACACAGACUUUGAGGAGGCCGUGUCCAGUCCGGUGUUGUCCACUUCCACCUCCUCAGGCCUCGGCUGGUCUCCUCUAGGAAUGGAGGACAGCGAGCAUAAGGACAUUUCAAAUAUCCAUCCCCUGGAUCUGCGGCCCUGGGACAUCACUGUACUCAUCAAUCUCUACAAAGUACAUGGCAGACUGCCAAUGCACUGCAGCAGCGAGGGUCCAGAAGGCCCAUCCGGCUUCUUGGAACGGCUAUGCUUUGAGAUGAAAAAGGGUUACAAGGAGACGAUGCUUCAGCUGCUCCUGUCCCCCAUUCACAUCUUCAUCAGUGACAACUACCAGCGUCCCACAGCGGAUGGGGUGUUGAGGGAUGGCCACCUAAGCCUGUCUGGCCUGCAGAUGAGGGCCCAUGCCAUGUUCUCUGCUCAGGGUCUCCCUCUUGGCAGUGACACGCUGGAGUACGCCUGGCUCAUCGACAUGCAGGCUGGUGGCCUCACUGGGAGGGUCACUGUUCCACAGGUGGCUAGCAUGAUCGAGUGGGGUGAGACUUUUCUUUUCCAUGUGGUGUCUCGAGAGUUCCAGUUAGAACAGCCGAAGCCCUCUGUCAUUUGCCAGCAUGGUGUUGACCGUCGCAUCUGUGAUGCCAAGCUGACCUGUUUGCCUGGUCCUUGUCGUACAUCAGAGGAUCUGAAGUACACCAUGACACGGCUAGCCAUGGAUGGCGUUGACCUCUUCAUCGUGGAGCACGGCUGUGCUGCCAACAUCAAAACGGGUAUUAUUCGUGUAGCCAAUUGCAACCUGCACAACCAGGCAGUGGGAGAAGGCAUCAGUGCUGUGGUGCAGGACGUAAAUAUCCGCCAGUACAUUGAACAACAGCAGCAACACAGUGAGGUGACCAGGCUGCAGCUGGCUGGACAAGGUCAAGGUCCUGGUCAGCAAUUAGGUCUCGGGCAGCCCCCUUUGCUGCGACGUUCUGUCUGGCUGGAGGCAGGUUCAGUCAACCUGAACCUCAUCACAGCAGAUAUUGCCCUGGCUGCUGACCACCCAGCCAAAUGUGAAGUCCAGAGGCAUUUUCUGGAACUACAUGAUGCUCAGACUAAAAGACUCUGGUUCCUGUGGCCAGAUGAGGCUGGCAUUCGCAACAAGAGAAGCAAGAACCGCUGUGGCUGCCUCGGAGGCUGCAGGUUCUUUGGAGGUACCAACAUGGGCUUGGACUUCUUUAAGCUUGAAGAGCUGACGCCCUCCUCCUCAUCGGCGUUCUCUUCUACUAGCACUGAGUCAGACAUGUGUUAUGGCCAGUCCCUGCUGCAGCCUGGGGAGUGGAUAAUUACAAAGGAAACACCCAAAUUGGAUGGGAAGGUUGUAGGACUGAAAAUGGAGACGCACUCUCCUUGCCUACCUCCUGAGCUGCCUCAGAGGCGUGGACAGCAACACCUCAGUCUCCAGGUGCCUCAGCGAUCCCACAGCUCUGCCUCAUCCUCUGAAGAAAAUAGCUCCUCCAGCGCUGCCUUGCCGCUGCUGGCUGGAGAGCGAGACAGCCCUUCACCUAGCACAGAGGAACGCAUGUUUCCCAUGAAUGGCAAAAGUCCUGCUGACACCCUGGGAGAUGUCCCAGAGGUCUCACCAGUGUCACCCAACAGCUCCCAGGAUCGCUCCUCAGUGCGCUCACCCCUUUGUUCUCCUCUGAAGCGACAGUCCUCUGUACACUCUGGUCGGCUGGGCAGCACCAAGAGCCUAUCAGCUGCCGUGUUCACCGAUAAGCCACCACCAGUGUUAUCUGGAGGGGUCCAGUUCAGCAGCGAGGUUUCCCGUAGUGAUGAGAACGUUCUGGACUCCCCUCGUCAGCGCAGGAGCUACGGUUCCUUUCCCUUCACACCAUCAGCAGACUCGAACACCUUCCAUCAGUACCGCUCUGCAGACUCUAGCAUGUCAGUUGCUGACAGUGAGGCCUACUUCUCUGCUGCUGAGGACUUUGAGCCAAUCAGCAGCGCUGAUGAGGGUCCAGGGACGUACCCAGGCCGCAAGAAGAAGAGGAGGCAGCAGAUGCAGCAGCCACAGCAGCCUCCGUAUCACAUGGAGAACUACAGCCGGAGCUCCAUCUACCACAGCGUUGAGGGUCCCCUCACCUACGUCCUUAAUGGGGAGCUUAUCACUGAGCCUCGUCCUCUGCCGCUGCCUCCCACGCUACCUCCACUGCCACCCCAUCCUCUGCCCAGCCACACAUCCCAGGCCUCCUUUGUCUCAGCCCUGGCUAUGGAAGAAGAGAGCUCAGUGGAAGCAGAAAAGACAGCUGAACCGGGCCCUGUAACUCGGCAGCCUCACGUCAUGGCGUGCUACCAGAGCUACUUGGCCCACUACCAGGUCUCAAAUUGGUCUGUCAAGCAGCCCACCAAUAAAAGAACCUCCAAGUCGUCCUUGCAUCGCCCCCUUGAUCUGGACACACCCACAAGUGAAGAGAGCUCCUCCUCUUUUGACCAGCUCUCCGUUCCCAGCUUUAAGGUGAUAAAGCAGGGCCUUUCAGCCAGUUCUCUAUUAGACAGAGGAGUUCAGCUGAUGGGCGACAACAACAGUACACCAUAUACUCCUCUGGAUAAGAGGGCCAUGGAGAACACAGAUGAGGACACGAUGACAGAUGACUGGACUUUGGAGCAGCCUCUUGCUCAGACCAGAACUACUGCCAUUGUGGAGGUGAAGGGGGCCAUCAAUGUGGUGCUCACACCCCUUGUUGCUGAAUCCCUGGACAGAUACAUCGAGUCCAUGGUCCACUUUGCCAGUAUCCGACACCCAGCAGCCAUUCUGGAUGACCUCCAUGGAAAAGUCCUCAAUGAAGCCUAUCAGAUCAGCAAGUCCACAGUCACAGAGUCUAGCCAAACAGGCAAGCAGGAGCACAAGCUGUCCAAGACAGAGGGCACGACCCCUGUCUCCCUCAACAUCUCCCAUGGCCAGACGGACCUGUCCGUCAAACCAGAUAAUGUGAAAAUCAAGGGCCUUCAAGCCAAUGUCUCCGUCCCCAAGGUGAACCUUUGCCUCCUGCAGGCGUCUGUAGAGGAAGGGUCACCGUCUUGCUCCACUAAGUGUGUCACACACGUGUCUCUAGUGGCGCUGUGCUUCGACAGGAUUGCUACCCAAUUUAGGAUGAACAGGGGUAUUGUUGAGGAGACUCCCAACACCACUGAGCAUGGGCGACCCUCUGUCAUGCUGGACAAGUACGCCUCAGCCACCAAGAUGCAGCCACAGUCGUCUGGCUCAUUGCGCUCCAAUGCAGGAAUCGAGAAAGGCAAAGAGAUUGCUGCAAGACUCAAUAUCCACCGUAUCCACAGCCAGCUUCGAGGCCUAGACUCCACAGACAUCGGCACAUGUGCUAUCACAGCCAUCCCUUUUGAAAAAUCCAAAGUGUUAUUUGGCUUGGAAGAAAUGGAGGAGUUUUCAUUGGUGGAUGAAACUGAUGCUCAGGCCACAACAAGCGAUUUAGGUCGCUCCGCCACAUCUCUGGAGAAAUGGGGCUGGAUCAUGUUUGAAUGUGGGAUUGAGAACCUUACAGUGAAAGGGGGCCGUCAGUCCGGAGCCAUUCUUUACAAUGCUUUUGGAGUGAUGGGGCGCUCUGACACUGGAGGGAAGACAGGAAUGUCUAAAUCCAACGGUUCGACAGGCUCUCAGACGGGAAGUGGUUACAGUACUGAUGUAUCUGAUGACAACCUGCCACAAGAUGCUAUCAGUCCUGCAUCUGAUGUCAAUGAGCACUCAGACUCAGAUGACCAGGAUGAAGGGGUCGAGUCUGAUGAUCUCAAGAAAGAUCUCCCUCUCAUGCCCCCACCACCUGAUUCCAGCAGUAUGAAGCUGACCAUCAGAGAGAUCUGGUUCAGUUUUGCUGCUCCCACUAAUGUGCGCUCACCUUCACAGGCCAUCUCCAGGCAGUUGAACCUGCUCAGCACUGCCACACCUGCCAUUGGAGCCUGGUUGGUUCCCAUUGACCAGCUCAAAUCUUCUCUCCGCAAACUGGACAUGGAGGGCACACUGCGCAUCUGUGCCGUUAUGGGCUGCAUUAUGACAGAAGCUCUUGAGAAAAAGAGCAUCCAUAUCCCGAUCAGGAGCAAGUACAACCGUGUGACUAAACGAGCUCGCUACCUGCAUGAGAAUCCCUCCUGUAUGCUUUGUAAUAUCCUGCACCGCUACCUGCAACAAGCCGACUACUCUGUCAUAGAGGAGGCUACCAUGAAUGAUGGUGUCCCAGCUCUGGUGACUCUAAAGAAGGGUCUGGUAGCUUUGGCCAGACAAUGGAUGAAAUUCAUUGUUGUAACUCAGGGAUUCAAGGCUAUUGGUCUGAUCAGGCCCAACCAGCUUACCAAACCUAAGGAGCCUCAGCAGAGCCUGGGUGACGCCAUCCUGGGCCUGGACAAUGGAGCUGCUCUGCAGAGUGACACCAGUGCUGAUGGAGCUGAAUUUGAAUUUGACGCAGCCACAGUGAGUGAACACACCAUGUUGCUGGAGGGAGCAUGCAGCCGCCCGCCACCAAAAGAGGCGAACUCUGGUCCUGUCAGUGGUGUGGAGAUCAUGAGGAAACUUUCCAAGUCCCAUACACACAGCGAAUCUGCACUCAGGAUAAAGGGCUCUCACCCCUACCAGUCGCUGAGCUACACCAGCGGUGACACAGCAGCUGACUCACCCGCCCAUGUGAGCCGAGCCGGUUUGCCGGCCAAGGACAGCCCCAGGAAGGAGAGUCUCCUGAGCAAUCUGACAGGCAGCUUUCGGAGUCUGCACAACCUGCUGGAGGGCACGCCUCAGAGGAACGAACCGUCUGCCGCCACCGCAGCGAAGAGCAGCUCCCUUACUCGCACAGGAAACAGCUUAGGGACAGACAUGCUUACCGAGCACCCACUUUUGUCGGAGCCCUCUUCUGUCAGCUUUUACAACUGGAUGUCCAACGCUGUGGGCAACAGGACUGGGGCUGGAGCUCAGGAGUCUCCAGUUAACCGCUCCCAACACAACAGCCUGCAGACAGGUGGAACGUGUAACCUGCCAACCAUCCCCUCAGCAUCAGACUUCAACACAGUGCUGUCCAGCGACCAGAACACUCUGGAUGGGACCCACUCCCAACAUUCCCAACACAGCACGAGCCAGGACGACAUGGCCGACAUUGAGGAAGGCAACCAGUGUCCAGCUGCUGUUCAGCUUGCCGAUGCUCAGGUUGUUUUCAAACCUUUGCUGAGUUACACAGGCAUCCAGGCUCAAGAUACCACUCCUCUUAGUUACAAGAUGUAUUUUGGAGAGCAUUUGUCUUUUUCUGGUAACCUCGAAUGUCUGAGAGCCGACAUCGUUGACUCUGACACCUCCAAAGAGCGCAAAAACAAACGGUCCAGGAGACAAGGCAUGGUGAACCUCCCUCCACUGGAGUUUAAGCCAGCGCUGCUGAUUGAGACAUUCAGCCUGAAUGCGGUGGUGAUGGAGAAGUCGACCAGCACUCCACAGGGCCCCACCGCAGCCCCGCUAUCCUUCCAUGACCUCAAUCGCCGCCACUACAACACAUUCCACUGUGACUUCACGACAGCCUGCCAGGCCAUCAGCCAGCGCGUCGACAUGGCCCUAGUGCGCCUCAUCCACCAGUUCAGCACCAUGAUCGACGACAUCAAGGCCACACAGACCGACAUCAAGCUGAGCCGCUAUACUGCCGGCUCAGCCUCUCCGACACCCACAUUCAAGGCCCGGCCAUACCGCCACUUCAGGUCGUCGGACUUCAGCCGCAGUUCUCGAGGAAGCCUGAACGGGGCUGGCCGCAGUGGAACCCAACCCCUAAAGAGCAAGAGAGGGCUGAGUGGAGGCGGAGGAGCAGGAACAGGAGCAGGGGUUGCUGGUAUUUUACCCCCUAAUGGACCUCCAUCAGGCAUGGACACACUGGGAAGAAGGGAGCCCAGAGGACGGAGCUCCCUCGGACGUUCAGAGCGGCGCACCUCUAAGGUGUCAAGAAAGGGCUCGCGUGACGUGGCCGACCACAUGGCGAUCCAGAUGGACGACUCUGACUCCAUCACGGUUUCAGAGCAGAGCGAGCCAUCAGCAGAAUGUUGGCAGAACAUGUACAAGCUGCUCAACUUCUACUCCCUCAUCUCCGAUCCCACUGGCAUCCUGGAGAAAAGCUCCCCAGAGAACUGCCUUUCAGAGGGUGGACGUCGCCCCUCAGAGCCGCUCUGUAAAGUAGUCUUUGAGAACGAGCAGCAGGAACCGACCUCGCCCAACAAGCCGCAAGGUGCGGGCGGGAGACGACGCAGCUUGGUGAGCUCUGAACCCCAGCAUGUCACGCUCAUAGUCUUCGGCAUAGGCAUGGUGAACCGCACACACCUCGAAGCAGACAUUGGCGGGUUGACUAUGGAGGCCGAACUGAAGAAGAUCCAUGGAAGCUUCACCCUGAAGGAAAAGAUGAAAGAUAUCCUGCACCAGAAAAUGACAGAGACAUGUGCAUCGGCUCACAUAGGCGGAGUAAACAUUGUUCUGCUGGAGGGAAUAACACCAGACAUUCAACUGGAGGAUUUCCCAACAUCUCCCACCAGCACUGCUAAACAAGAGUUUCUAACGGUGGUCAAAUGUAACAUCGCCAAAUCUCAGGCGUUGUACAGCGCCCAACGGGGACUGAAAACCAACAAUGCUGCCGUCUUUAAAGUGGGGGCCAUCAUGAUCAACAUCCCCCAGCACCCGGCUACUCUGCACAGCAUGAUGGUCCGCAGCUCCCACCAGCUCUCCAAGCAGAUCUCUGACCUCAUCCGCCAGCCCUCCAACAUUCAGCCUCCUAAUAGGGAGGACACCCCCACCCCACAACCCUCUGACAAAGCAUCCAGCAUCAAUCAGACCCCUGUCGAAGCCAAUGAGUUCCCCCAGCUUCCUGAAGGCCUAGAAAAGAAACCCAUCGUUCUCAAGUUCAGUGCCAUGAUGGAUGGCAUCACCAUCGGGGCUGCCCUGCUGCCCUCACUGAAAGCUGAGUACAAAAUGGGCCGCGUGAAGAGCCAUGGUAUGACAGGAGCACAAACCAGUUUCACCUUUGACCUGCUGAACCACAAACUGUGCUUCCAGUCAAAAGUAUCUCCAGUGGACAUGUGUACCAUUGCACCAUCAGCCAGCCUCACCCUGCCUCCAGUCACAAUGUCAGGAGAGUACAUCAUGGAGGAACACGAGAGCCACUCAGACCAGGGCUGGGCACCAGACGACUUUCCAGCAAAACAAGGAAACUACCUGCAAGGGAACUACCUGCGUUGUUUGGCUCAAAUUGGUUCAUUUGAACAUAACCUGACUACAGACCUGCUCAACCAUCUGGUCUUUCUGCAAAAGGUUUUCAUGAAGGAAGUUAAUGAGGUCAUUCAGAAGGUGUCAGGCGGAGAACAGCCCAUCCCAUUGUGGAAUGAGCAUGACACCUCAACAGAUGCAGACAAGCCAAAAAUUCUGCUUUAUUCACUCAGCCUCCUGUUCAAGGGAAUCCAAAUGACAGCUACCACUCCUUCUAUGCGAGCUGUGCGCUUUGAAACAGGUCUGAUUGAGCUGGAGCUGUCCAACAGGAUCCAGUGCAAGGCUCAGCCCGGUGGCAGCAGCAGUUACCUUAAACUCUUUGGCAAAUGUCAGGUUGAUCUCCACCUGGCCCUUGGACAGAUAGUCAAACACCAGGUGUAUGAGGAAGCUGGCUCAGAUUUCCACCAGGUGGCGUACUUCAGAACUCGGAUCGGUUUGCGAAAUGCUCUGCAGGAGGAAAUCAGCAGCUCCUCAGACAAAGAGGCUGUUCUCAUCACUCUCAACAGGCCAAUCGUUUUCGCCCAGCCAGUGGCAUUUGACAGAGCUGUGCUCUUCUGGCUGAAUUACAAGGCGGCAUAUGACAACUGGAAUGAGCAGCGCUUGGCCCUCAACAAGGACAUCCACGUGGCCACAAAAGAGGUGGUAGACAAGCUGCCAGGCAUACAACAGACCUCUGCUCAAGCAUUUAGCACCCUCUUCCUGCAACUGACUGUUAAUGACCUGGGUAUUUGCCUGCCAAUUACCAACACAUCCCAGAGAGGACAAGCACCAGCUACGGAGGGCUACAACUCUGAAGCUGGCGCCAGCACAUCAGUAGGCCGGCAUAAAAAUGCUCGAAAAGCCAAUCACAGCAUAGAUUUUGACACUGGCUCAGCUCUGGUCCUGACCAUUGAGAGCACGCUGAUCACCGCCUGCUCCUCUGAGUCCUUGGUAAGCAAAGGACACUUCAAGAACUUUUGCAUCCGCUUCGCUGAGGGCUUCGAGACUUCCUGGGACGACUGGAAACCCGAAGUCAGGGGAGACCUCGUCAUGAAUGCUUGUGUAGUCCCUGAUGGUACAUAUGAAGUAUGUUCCAGGACUACAGGGCAACCCUCUGCAGAAAGCAGCAGUGCUGGUACCUGGACUCUCAAUGUGCUUUGGAAAAUGUGUGGGAUAGACGUUCACAUGGAUCCCAAUAUUGGCAAGCGCCUCAAUGCUCUGGGCAACACACUGACGUCACUGACGGGCGAGGAGGAUGUCGAUGACAUUGCUGACCUGAACUCUGUCAACAUGGGAGACCUUUCAGAUGAGGAUGAAGCUGACACCAUGUCACCCACCAUCCACAUGGAGACAAUUGACCUCAGGAGGCAGAUGGUGAUUGGGAAUCAGGGGAUUGACGCUCGUAGUAGGAAGUUCACCAAGAGGGUGGUGGACAUCCGAGAGCUGAAUGAGCAGGCCAGAGUCAUUGACGACCUCAAAAAAUUGGGGGCCAGUGAGGGCACGAUUAACCAGGAAAUCCAACGCUACCAGCAGUUGGAGUCUGUGGCCGUCAACGACAUCAGGAGAGAUGUCCGAAAGAAACUGCGCCGCUCCAGCAUGAGAGCGGCCUCUCUAAAGGAUAAGUGGGGUCUUGGCUACAAACCAAGCUACAACCGUUCCAAAAGCAUCUCAGCUGCAGCAGGCAGGCCACCUUUAAAAAGGAUGGACAGACAAAGUUCCAGAAUCGGAGAUAUGGAUGAUUUACCAGAUGUCCGUGUGGAUGCAUCUUCUCCUGGACCGCGGGUCACCUUCAACAUCCAGGACACGAUUAAUAAUCAGGCUUUGGACUCUGCACAUGCACCUGUCAGUCCUGGAGAGGUAUUCAAGUUUCCUGAAGAGACAGAGGGGGACCUGUUGUCAAUCACUGUUGAUGAGCCAUCCCAUCCUCAUCAUCACCUUCACCUUCAUUCUCCAUCCGUUAUCGAGGGCCAGCACUCAGUUUUCAGUGCCCCCGGCACCCCUGCUGUCUUCUCACCCGCACUUCCCUUCCAGCACGAUGACAUGAGGCGUGAUGACCUGUCCUCUUCGUCCUCCGAAGACUCAGAGAAGGAGGAUGAGUUUGAACGAGAGAGACCAACAAGCUAUCGGAGGCCUUUCCAAGCAUCUCACAGGAAGUCCUCAGGAUUUUCUGCUGUGAGUCAGCUGUUCAGCGAGCGCUGGCCGAGCACACCUGCAAACCGCAGCUUCAGUGGCCCAACAACUGAAAGAAACAUCGACUUCGAGCUUGAUGUCCGAGUGGAGAUAGACAGCGGGAAGUGUGUCCUUCACCCCACAACACAGCAACCUGAACAUGAGGACAUUUCUUUCAGAAGGAGCUGUGAACGCAGUCUCAAGAGUCUGGACCAAGAGUCUCCCCCAAAGAAGAAGAAGCUGCAGCCCACCUACACUUCCACCACCCAUCUCCUAGCUGGCAAGAAAUGUCCUUCCUCUCUGCAGACCAAAUCCAAUGACAUGGAAACCACAGUAUUCUACAUUCCAGGAGUAGACGUUAAGUUGCACUACAACUCCAAGACCCUUAAGACGGAGUCACCCAAUGCCUCGCGUGGAUCAUCUCUCCCCCGCACUCUCUCCAAAGAGUCGAAGCUGUAUGGUAUGAAAGAUAACGGCCCUCCCAACCCUCCCAAUGCUGUCCAAAGCAAGACUAACUCGCUCCUACCUCCCCCGCCCCCACCUAUUCCAUCAGCCAAAGGUAAGAGCAGUGGCGGGGUAAAGACGGCCAAGCUGUAUGCCUGGGUGGCCCUGCAGACUCUGCCAGAAGAAAUGGUCAUCAGCCCCUGUCUGCUAGACUUUCUGGAAAAAGCACUGGAGACCAUUCCAAUCACUCCUGUGGAGAGGAACUAUGCAGCUGUGGCUUCCCAAGAGGAGGACAUGGGUCAGUUUGAUACGGUGGAACCACUGGAAGAAUCAACCACCUCCCUAGUUUCCUCCUCCACGUCAGCCUACUCCUCCUUCCCCGUGGAUGUGGUUGUCUACGUCAGAGUCCAGCCUUCACAGAUCCGCUUCAGCUGCCUGCCCGUGUCCAGGGUGGAGUGUAUGCUCAAGCUGCCCUCUUUAGACCUGGUCUUCUCCUCUAACCGUGGAGAGCUGGAGACCCCGACAGGAGCUCACCCCAUAGACGGAUCCCACCCUCCCUCCUCCACUCCACCUGGGCAGCAUAUCCCCAAACCAGCUCCCAGCAAAGCAUCUCCAUUGCUGGGGAGCCCUCUGGGCAGGAGCCGCCACAGCAGCAGCCAAUCCGACCUCAGGUCCCCCAGUAACUCCUCAGGCCUUAGCUUCACCGCCUGCAUGUCUGAUUUCUCCCUCUACGUCUUUCACCCCUACGGCGCCGGAAAGCAGAAAUCAGCGGUUACAGGCCUGCCUCCGGGCCCAGGGCAGCUAGGUACAGUAGAUGAGGAGCCGUCUUCAGUGACAGGAAGAAAAGACUCUCUAAGCAUCAACCUGGAGUUUGUAAAGGUCAGCUUAUCUAGAAUGAGACGCACCGGAGGCCCCACCUUCAUUGAAAGCUUUAUUCCUGGUAAAGGUGGAAAAAUGGACACCACCCUGAUCAAUAUCUCAGCUGUGUGCGACAUUGGCUCGGCUUCCUUCAAGUACGACAUGAGACGACUGACCGAGAUCCUGGCUUUCCCAAAGGCCUGGUACCGUCGGAGUAUUGCCAGACGCCUCUUCCUGGGAGACCAGACUAUCAACCUCCCAGCCUCUGGCCCCGCCACUCCUGACUCAGCUGAAAACGUCACCCAGCAUCUUUCCCCCGAGUCUAGCCGAAAAGCCUACUGGAGGACCUGGGACGGCAGCACCGGCACACAGCACAUGCCUCAGUCUCCCAACGUCUUUUCGGAGCAUUCCACUGGAAGCAACAUGUCUCCAAGCAGCCUGGGCCACCUCAAGUCCCCUGCACAGGGUCGCACCAGGAGCGUCUCUGAUUCCUCCGCUCCAAGGAGAGAUUCGGUGACUAAAACAUCCACUCCCUCCUUUGGGAAAAACGGGAAGGCAGCGGGUCAGCAGGGGUCUCCGUGGGAGACUCUGGUGGUGUUCGCCAUCAACUUGAAACAGCUCACCGUCCAAAUGAACAUGAGCAACGUCAUGGGAAACAACACCUGGACGACCAGCGGGCUGAAGAGUCAGGGCCGACUGUCUGUCGGCAGCAACCGGGACCGAGAGAUCAGCAUGUCUGUCGGCCUUGGCCGCUCCAAGCUCGACUCCAAGGGUGGAGUGGUGGGUGGCAAUAUAGACGUGAACACCCUGGAGAUGGUCUCCCACAUCUCUGAACACCCAAACCAGCAGCCUAGCCACAAGAUCCAAAUCACUAUGGGCUCCACGGAGGCCAGAGUCGACUACAUGGGCUCCAGCAUCCUGAUGGGAGUGUUCAGUAACGCUGACCUACAGCUGCAGGAUGAAUGGAAGGUCAACCUGUGUACUGUUGACACCAGCAUAUCAGAGAAAAGUGAGAUCUUCGUCCACGGAGAUUUGCAGUGGGACAUUUUCCAGGUGAUUAUUUCGCGCUCCACCACACCAGACCUCAUCAAGAUUGGCAUGAAGCUGCAGGAGUUUUUCACUCAGCAGUUCGACACCAGCAAGCGGGCCCUGUCCACCUGGGGCCCGGGCUCCUACCUGCCACCCAAGACCCCCGUCAUGAACACUGAGAAAGGAGGUGCAGAGCUUUACGUGGAUGCGGCCCAUCACCGCCAUUGGCCUGGGGUGCUGAAGGUAAUCGCCGGCUGCCACAUCUCCCUCUUCCACGUGCCUCUGCCUGAGGACACCGUACAGCUGGGCGGUUCAAUGAGCCUCCAUGGCAAUCACAUGACACUGGCCUGCUUCCACGGACCCAACUUCCGCUCCAAGUCAUGGGCUUUGUUCCACCUGGAAGAGCCCAACAUUGCCUUCUGGACAGAGGCACAGAAGAUCUGGGAGGAUGGCUCCAAGGAUGACUCUACCUACAUUGUGCAGACACUGGAUUUCCAUCUAGGUCAUAACACUAUGGUGACAAAACCAUGCGGUGCCCUUGAAAGCCCAAUGGCCACCAUCACAAAAAUCACUCGCAGGCGACAUGAAAACCCUCCACAUGGAGUUGCUACUGUCAAAGAAUGGUUCAACUACGUCACUGCCAUGAGGAAUGAAGAGCUGAAUUUGCUCAGGAAUGUGGAAACCAACAACCAAGAGAGCGGAACGGCUGCUAAAAGCUCCAGUUUGCUGAGCAGUUUCCGCAGCUCCUCCAGCUACAACCAUGAAACCGAGACCAUAUUUGCACUUCCCAGAAUGCAGCUGGAAUUCAAAUCCAUUCAUGUACAAGAUCCAGAUGAACCUUUACUAACAGACUCCAACAGCAAACCCAAAGUGGAGUGCAGCGUGGUGACGGAGUUCACCGACCACAUCUGUGUCACCAUGGACGCCGAGCUGAUCAUGUUCCUUCACGACUUGGUGUCAGCCUACCUGAAGGAGAAGGAGAAAGCCCUUUUUGCCCCGCGGAUGUUCGCAGCUCGGCCGGGCCAAAAGAGCCCUACGGCCCUGCACGAUGAAAGCUCCUCAGACAAGGACAAGGACAAGGACGAUGGCAUCAACUACACUACAGUAGACUGGAGAGAGUUUAUGUGCAACACCUGGCACUUGGAACCCACUCUCAGGCUCAUCUCCUGGACCGGGCGAAAGAUCGACCCUGUGGGUGUGGACUACAUCUUGCAGAAACUGGGCUUCCACCAUGCCAGGACUACAAUUCCCAAGUGGCUGCAGAGGGGCGUGAUGGACCCGCUGGACAAGGUGUUGUCUGUGCUCAUCAAGAAACUGGGAACCGCCUUGCAGGACGAGAAGGAGAAGAAGGGCCGAGACAAAGAGGAAAACUAAGGAACCGAAACACUAACCCCACUGGAAUCAAAGCUGUGCAUUCGUUCUCUGCGGGUCUCUCACACUGGAUUGCUGUACUACAAAAGGUCACUACUGUACAAUAUGUCUGUCAGAUGUUUUACCUGCUCAUCCCUGUGAAGUUCAGCAUAGUUGUUUACCGUGGUUUGUGCCACUAGCAGCUGUGACUGAAGUGUUUUGCACCGACGUUAUUUUCUGUACAUUUUGAACAAAGUAGCAAAAGCUAGCACUGUUUGACUGCUUUAAAGGUAAAACCCUGCCUCUUUUACCACUUGUAAAUGACCUUACUGAAACUGCUUGAAAGUUUAUUUUAAAGCUUACCAAUUGUUCAUGAGAAAUGAUUUCUUAAACCAUUGCCUUUUCUUUGUUUCCCAUGGAACACAUGGUAGGUAUGCUUUAUGUAAUUUAUAGCGUAGCUUUAUGAUAUUUAAGAACAGUUCAGUGACAGUGUUCUUGACGUGAACAAAUAAAUCCUGGGAGGUCAUGGCACAUCAUCGGCUCAGUGACAACGAUGACAUCAACCUGUAAUUUUAAUUUGAACCAUUAUUUAUGGGUAUGUGAACGCAAAGUGUAUAUGAGUAUUAGCUUGGUGUGUCAAGCUUCUUUUUGUGUUUUUUUUAAUCCACACAGUAGAACUAGUGUAUAUAGAUAAAUUUCUUAAAUGUGUUGAUUUCUUAACUUAAUAAAACUGUUGCCAUUCAGUUUUA